AUGGUGGCGCCCACAAAGGCGACGCCUAAGGUGACAUUGGCAGUGACCAAGAGGUUGGGGAGAAGAGGCGUGUAUGAAGCAAACACCGAGUUGGGAGAUGACGUCGUAAUUGGAACGCUGGGCGGCGCCAACCAGGCACUGGGCGACGACAACCAAUUGCAAGGUGGCAGUGAGCGCAAGGCAAGCGGGCGCGAUGGCAGGCAUAGACCAAGUGGCUCCAGUGACCUUGAUGAUGGUGGUUACGGGUCAGGCGAUGACGUUGGUAGUCUAGACGAUGACCUAGACAACACUAGAGUGGACAAAGGCCUUGACGAUGUCGUUGUUGGUGUUGGCGAUGCCAGGAGAGACACGAGCAACGCCAAUAAGGUGGGCAUGCUAUGUUUCGAUCCUCAUGACAAACUAGAGGUUGCCAGUGUUGGUGGCGAUGAACUAGGCAACAAACGUGAGCUUGGCAAAGCAGGCAAAGGUGGAGGACGACUUAGUGACCCCAACAACGCGCUGGGCGACACUAGUGGCAUGUCGGGCCCUAUGAGCUAUGGUCCUGGUGAGCUAGUUGCACAAGUAAGGUGGUGA